UAGCAGUGCCUCCGCCACCUAGGGAGAAUCCAUUCCACCACUUUCAAGCUCAUGCUCUGCUGUUCUGUAUACGCAUUCGGCUUCGCAGGUGAGGCCUGGGUGGGUUGCUCUGUAGUGCCACUGCGGCGCGCGUGUUCUCCAGCCGCAGGCUUCCGUUGCACCUCCAUCGAAGGUCUCGACGAGCUUACCCCAGAAGCUCGAGAGAUUCACACGUUGUCAGCAGACGAAUCACGAUCCUUUCUUCGGUUACCUUCGUUUGUUGCCUAGUCGGCCAUCUCCGCAACGCUCCCAGUCUCAGACUGAACCUUUGGUUUGAAACCCCAGGAUCGUGCCCGCGGCGUCGUUGGCUGGGAGCAUAGUGUUGGAAGGUGUGUUUCUCCUCGGAGCCAGUCACAGAGCCAGAAAGGCAGGCGACGAAGACCGUAUCGCUCGCGUUUGCGUGGAAAAUAACUUUUUUUUAAGGCAGCUUGUUUGUUCGCGUUCGCCCUUCACAAACACGCGAGCGAGUCUCUCAGUUCAGCCCUUUCACUCCCCGAGUGAGAGCCUGUGAGACUCAGAUAGUCUCAGCCUCGCAAAAGCCACAUCUCUCCCUUGUUUGGAGCUUACUAGGCAGAACCCUGCUCGACGAAUCCUAGUUCAGAACGGUUCAGAACGGUUCAGUGUGUGAAUCCAGACGCUAGUAGCAUUUACCUCACGGGUUUCGAGCCGCCAGUGCAUGCGGGGAGUCCCGACGGCAGAGGGGCGGAUGUCGACCGGAAAGAGAACGCCGAAUGCGAGAGCCAACGGACGGUUUGACGGGUGGCCAAACGGACGGCUACCCAGACGGCCAAACGGUCGGCUUAACGGACGGCAGCUAACGAUGGUCGCAGUGCUGGCGAUGGUUGCGUGCGCGGUGAUGCAGCUGCGCAUCGCAUCUGCUGGCGUCGCCGUGCAUUCGUCACAAACGACCGCGAUGCAAGCAAUAGCCGACACGUGGCCCGACAUCACUGCCACGUGGGUCGCCGGGGCGACCUGUGACACGUGGCUGGGCGUGGUGUGUGACGCGGACGGCUACGUUACGCAACUCGACUUGAGCGGCCAUGAUCUGGAGGGAGUGAUUCCCUCCGCCGACAUGACCACGCUUGUCACGCUGCAAGAGCUCAAGCUACACGACAACUCAAUCGAGGGUGACUUACCAGUCGAAUUCAGUGCGCUGACGGCGCUCACCAUUCUGUCGCUGGGUCGCAACGAGAUCACUGGGUUCAUCCCUCCCGGCUACUCUGCACUCUCUAAGCUCAAAUACCUUCUCUUCAGCGACAACCGCAUCACGGACCAAGUGCCCUCGGACCUCAGCACUCUCACGGACCUCCAAGCACUCGACCUGAGCAAGAACCGUCUGUCUGGCAGCAUUCCAGCAGGGGUCGUCGCUCUCCCCAACCUCAUCUACUUCGACAUUUCACACAACGAGUUCUCCGGAGCUCCACCCACGGGAUUCGCUACCACCUCCUUCCAAACAACUUCCCAGGCGACUUACAACAUCGAGCGGAACUAUUUCACCGGGUCGGCCCAAGCUAGCAUCACGGCGGGCAGCGGAGCAAUUUCUUUCUGCCCGAUCGACCUCCAAGGGGGGUUCGCAAAAGCCUCCCUUCUGCCCUACAGCCCGUCUCUCUAUGGGUCGGUGCGAGGAAACUGCAUGGCAACUUCCAGCAGCGGACCGUGCACGUCAGACACGCAGCGGAAGACGAAAGAUUGUUUGGCGUUUUGUGGCGCAGGCGCGCCGGGGGGGGCGUGCGGGGGGCACGGGCGGUGUUAUUUGUCCGGGACCUCGCUCAUCCCGACGUGCGAAUGCGAGGCAGGCUAUAACGCGUAUUUUGCAAUCAAGGACGGGAUCAGAUACCCCUCGUGCAACACAGCAGCGGUUAACCCGCCACCGCCGCCCCCCCCACCCGUAACAGAAGACCCCGAGAAGCGCAAGCCAGGGCUCAAGGACAGUGACGACCAGGCCGUUGCAACCAAGCCGCUCACCAACUUCAACAAGUACUUCCGCCACGUGAGCCUGGGAUACACCGGCACGGCCACCAAGCCCUCGUGGACGUACAAGACGGUGGUGGACUGGCGCACCCAGGUGGUCAACAAGCAGACACGCACUGUUGUGGGGCCCACCCUCGACCAGGGCCUGUGCGCUGCCUGCUGGGCGCUGGUGCCCGUGGCAGCAAUUGAAGCAGCUUAUGCGAUAGCCUAUGGGUCGAACCAGCCCAACAUAUCGGGGCAGCACAUACUCAACUGCCAGGGCACCUGGGAGUGCGUGGGCGGCAUCCCCUCAGACGCCUUCCAGUUUGCAGCCACGGGCGGAGUGCUCUCGGAGUUAAUGGUGCCGUACACGGGUGAACGCGACAAUUCCAGCUGCGGGCCUGCUGCAAGGCGGCGCCUUUCAGCGUCCUUCCCACCGGACCUCUGGUUCGACCAAGCGCUCGACCUGGAUCACAGCACCUCGAUACAAGGUUCCCCGCUACAACAACAGCAAUCACUACCAGCCAUUGUCUCGUCCUCAAGGCGCAUGUCGUCCCACGUCGCCCCUGCUCCUCCUCCUCCCCCAUCUCUGUCCUCUUCUCCAGUUCCUCCUCCGCCCCCUCCCCCUCCCUACGCUGCUCUGGAGAAUGACCCCCAACUGGCCUUGCAAGUUGCUCUCUCUGAAUCGCCACCACUCACCCCUCGCCCUCCUCCUCCCCCCUCUCCUUCACCCACCCCCUUCUCCACCCUCCUCUCCUCUCUCUUUCAAAUCCCUCGCGCCCGCAUCCUCCAAUCAUCCUCCUCCUCCUCUUCCUCUUCCUCCUCGUCUGCCUCCUCUGCCUCCCUCGUUUCCUCCACUUCCUCCUCCUUCCGUUCUCUAUUAUCGUCGUCCUCCUCCUCCUCUCAAGCGUCCACCAUGGGCCUAUUCAACCCCAAGAAGCCUAAGAAGAAGGCCCCUCCUGCGCCUGCUGCCAAGCCACGCUCGGGGCCGUACAAGAUCGCCAUGUUUGAGCAGGUGUCGGUGUCUGGUUGGCUGGGCAUGGUGUUGGCGCUGCAGGCGCAGCCAGUCAUUGCGAACGUGGCGGCGGAUCGGCCGUCCUUCAUGGAUUACGCUGGGGGCUACAUCUACGCGGACCCCGACUGCUUCAUCAACGGGGUGGUGAACCACAUCGUGCUGCUGGUGGGGUACAGCAUGGUGGGAGCCACGCCAUACUUCAUCCUGCAAAACUCCUGGGGAACCACCUGGGGGGAGGCCGGCUUCAUGCAGAUGGCCAUCGAAUCAGGCAAUGGCAUCUGUGGCAUCAACACGUCGCCCGCACUCUACCCUGUCGUCCGUGGGCCCAACCCGUGUGUGCCGAACCCGUGUGGGGGGGGCACGUGCAGUGCUGGCAGGGGGCCGGGGGGCUACACGUGCAAGUGCAAGACGUACUUCGUUCUUGGGAAGAACGUGGACCAAUCGCCUGUGUGCAUUCCACUGAAGCCAUGCUCCCUCAACGCAGUGAACCCCUGUCAGGUGGGCACGUGUGUGGACGACAGCAAGGGCGGCUACAACUGCAUCUGUCCUCCGGGGUUCUUCUUUGAUGCUGAGCCGGACAACACCCCCUCCUGCAUCCUCGGCCCCACACCAGACGAGAUAAAAGUAUUUCCGGGGCUCACAUGCGACCUUGUGAUGUCAACCUAUGGGAUCAGCCUGGCCAAUUUCACCCGGCUCAACCGCAAGCUGGACUGCACCAGGCUUCAGCCAGACGACGAGAUCAAAAUCGGGGACACCAAUCCCUGCGCCACCCCCUAUCCCAUCACAUAUAGUGAGACGUGUGCGGAGGUGGCAGCAGAGUUCAAAAUCACACUAGAACAGCUCAAGGAGCUGAACCACGAGCUCCACUGCGACAAGCCGCUGCAGAUCGGCCAGCAGGUGUGCAUUGAGCGGGGUACACCCGACUUGCCAAUGUGCCAGGAGUAUGUGACCUUAGUGGAGGGUGACACGUGCGACACUGUAAUGAUGUCCGCGCGGCCGCCUCUGACCAGCCAGGAGUUCUACGCUUUGAAUCCAGGCAUCAACUGCAACGCGGGCGAGCAGACGCUGCUGGGCCAGCAGAUUUGUACGCGUGGUGGCCAAUCAAGUGUCUUGCUGGGUGCUUCGAGAUGCGUUACAAGGAAGACAUAUACAGUAGUUACUGGCGAUACAUGUGCUCGCGUCCUUGCACUCUAUUUUAAGUCCUCAGCACGCCUGCUAGCACAAUAUAACAGUGGCUACGUUUGCACAAACAGCCGGUUAUACAAAGGAACAGUGCUGUGCAAGGCACCCUAGGACUUGAAUUGGUGUUUUGCGAGCAUAUGUAGCAACCUAGCUAUCUGGCUAUCUAAUUACAAUGUGGUGCCAAUGGUGUAAUGCUUUUGUAAUAU